AUGGUGUUGAACUUAAAGAGGAACAAUUUCACAGGGAGUAUUCCACCAUUAUGUGCGGAGAACACUUCAUUGAGAACUAUUGUCCUGAAUGGUAAUCAAUUUGAAGGACCCGUUCCGAUGUCAUUGCUCAACUGUGAUGGUCUAGAAGUCCUUGAUGUGGGGAACAAUGUCAUAUAUGGUACAUUUCCAGCUUGGCUAGGAACUCUUCGAGAGUUGCAUGUCCUUAAAUUAAAAUCAAACAAGUUCUACGGACCUAUAAGUAUUAUGAAGAAAUUUUACUUUCCCAGGUUGCAGAUUUUUUAUCUAUCUUAUAAUGAGUUCACCGACUCACUACCUACAGAAGCUUUUCAAAACUUCAAAUGGAUUAUCAAAUUAGAUGACAGAAUGCAAUAUAUUAGACUAGUGUUUGAUGGUGAAUUUGGUGACUUAAUGUAUGAGGAUUCCAUGAGGUUGGUGAUCAAAGGCCAGGAUAUUGAGUUUGAAAGAAUCAACACUAUUGUGGCAGCCAACAUAGAUCUCUCAAGAAACCAUUUUGAAAUUACGGAAAUGCAUAUGCUUGAAGAGCUAGAUCUCUCCUGGAAUAGGCACACAGGAAAGAUGCUGUGGCAAUUGGUAGGGCUAAUCAGUCUGGGAAAUUUAAACCUCUCCCACAAUCUUUUUAUUGGUUCGAUUCCUCGAGGUCUAUUAUUUGCAAACGACUCGUAUGGUGGCAACCUUGAUUUAUGUGGUUUUCCUUCAUCAAUGCAAUGUGAUCAAUCUCAUAUUCCUCAACCACUUGAUUUAGAAGAUAAAGAUGACGAAUUAUACUUUGGAAGUGGAUUUACUUGGGAAUCAAUGUUUAUAGGCUAUAGUUGUGGACUAGUUGUUGGAACUGUUGUGUUUACCCUCAUCUUUAAUGCUGGUAAGACAAAAUGGUUAGUGAAAAUUCUGGAUGACAUCAAUCCCCAACAAACAAGAAGGCCGAAGAAGAGAGCUCAUAGACGACAGACUUAA